AUGUCAAUCGCCUGCGUGUAUAGGGGUCCUAGUGCCACGCAUUUGGAGUACCAACAAACUAUUCAGGUACUAGACAACAUAGCUCGAUAUUCGACCAGACCGGUCGUUAUGGGUGAAUUCAAUCUUAGGUAUCGGGAAGGCCAACAGCCGUCGCUGUUGGACCUGAUCAUCACAGCGCAGGACGAAGAAGGACAAAGUCUUUAG